UCCUUCCCUCCCCCGCCGCCUCCCCGCACCCCGCCUCCUUCCCUCUCCCCGCCCCCAAACCCUCUCACCCGCGGCAGUCCGGUGAGAGGCCCCCUCCGGAAGGUGAGGGGAAUGAAUUGGACUCCGGUGGGGAAAACGGGUGUGUAGAAGUGGUGCUAAUGGGAAGCGAAUUCUGGUUUCACAAGAGGAUGCUCUGCCACAAAGAGCGGCUCGCGCGCUGGCCUGGGCUGUAGCCGAGAGAUCCCCGGAGAACUCCGGAGCUCGCGGGGAGCGCUCCUCGGAAGACCGGGGUCAACAUGCCUGUGCGCAGGGGGCAUGUGGCACCGCAAAACACAUUUCUGGGGACGAUCAUACGGAAAUUUGAAGGACAAAAUAAAAAAUUUAUCAUUGCAAAUGCCAGAGUGCAGAACUGUGCCAUCAUCUACUGCAAUGAUGGGUUCUGUGAGAUGACUGGGUUCUCCAGGCCAGAUGUCAUGCAGAAGCCAUGCACCUGUGACUUUCUCCAUGGGCCCGAGACCAAGAGACAUGAUAUUGCCCAAAUUGCCCAGGCAUUGCUGGGGUCAGAAGAGAGAAAAGUGGAGGUCACAUACUAUCACAAAAAUGGUAACAUUUAUUUAAGAUUCUUUGUAUUUGAUCCAUUGAAAAGAAAUUUUGAUUAA